AUGCCAUCCACUAUCACUUUUCCAGAUUACUCUCAACAACCGCCACUAGACAUUGAUGAUAUAUCAAGUUAUUUUGAAUUUGAACAAUUACCCUACUUUUUGAUUCCAACCGAUUUGUUAUAUUCGACCGAUCUAUCUUAUUCAACCGAUUUUUUAAAAUACUUCGAUUUGAAAAUGAAUGGUGUUGACCAAUCUUCUUCCAUGUCGUUGAUGUCACUAUCUUCGAACAUUUCUCUUAAUUUCGACAACGAUAACGAUAAGAUUACACGAUCGUGCUCUCCCAUGUUACAAAAUUCUUUUUCUACUACAAGUACCUUGAUUUAUGCCGGGAUGAAUAGUACAGCUGCAAACACCGCUGUUGAUACAACUCUUCGUCAGCUACCAUCUUCUUCCUCUUCGCUUAGUCUUCCAACUUUUUCUUCUAUCAAUCUGCAACAGGAAGAGCACUUGCAAACUUCGUCUUCCCCUCUAACAGCUGUUUCUGAAAUUUGUCAAGAGCAAAAAGUGAUAGAACAACAACAAAGAGGACAAGAAAAGACUGAAAGCAAAGAGUUAUCAAUACAACGAGAACAGCAACCACAUUUACAAAUAUAUCAAAAUAUUCCGGCAUCUCAAAAAAUGAAUAACUUUGGGACGAAUCCUCCUCUAUUAUUAUCAUCAUCGCAGACCAAUGCAAAUUUUACUGCCAAUAUUAAUUUCAUACCUCAGCGAUAUACGUAUCAUCAACAACAAUUACAGCAACCACAUCAGAUUACGAAUAAGCAAACAUCACCACCUCAUCAUUAUGCACCAAUGAUUAAAUCUUGCUGGACACUUCCGAAACCAAAUCUAAAUACUGCUACAACUAAUGGUAACUCGACUUCAUCACAAAAAACCUCCUCGCCUAGAUCUAUUAAUUCUAGCAAGAUCAAUAACAAUAAUGUUACUACAAGACCACAAUUUUCUUACAGCGGACCACCAAAAAGCUACUAUUCACGAUUACCGUUGUAUGAUCGUCCUUUCAAAUGCGAUCAAUGUCCACAAAGUUUCAACAGAAAUCAUGAUUUGAAACGCCAUAAAAGGAUUCAUUUGGCGGUGAAACCUUAUCCAUGUUUAUACUGUGAGAAACAAUUUAGCCGAAAAGAUGCAUUAAAACGACACAUUCUUGUCAAAGGGUGCAAAAAUAACGACAAUGGCAGCAACAACGAUGCUGUCAGCAAAUAA